CUGUCCUGUUCUCCUGAGUCUAAAGGUCUACAUUCAGGUAGAGGCUGCCUAAUCACAGACAACUGGGUUGGUUGGUUGCCGUAGUCCCAGGGAAGAAUAGGAGGUGGAGAAAGUCUAAUCUGAACUCAAGAUAGGGUCCUGCAUGAGAGAGAAAUUUGCUACACUUUCAGUUGAAAUUUGGACUCUAAAUCCCAAGAGAAGGCACCAGUAGCUCAGUUAGUACUUCUUGUUGAGGCUUGCAAGAGACAUUGCAUCUCUAACAGUGUUUACCCAUCCAAAAAAGAGAUCCUGACUUGGUAUAUAAACCUACUGCCACUUCCGGUUAUCUUUCAUCACUUGCCUGAGCUUGAAAAGGUAAUGAAUGGUUUGUGUUCUAAGAAAAGAGGCUUUUUCCCAAGACCUGAGGCUUUCUCAUUCCCACCAGCUGGGCCCAUUGCUAAAAUGCUUUCUAGUGGGCUUGCUUCUGCCUGGCCAGCACCUGGGCUGCCCCAGCUUGUAAUUAGCCUGCCUUUGCUUCAUAAGCUUCCCAGGGUGGUUCUUCUUCUAAGAGCUUGUAUGAAUUGCUAUUACUGUCUCUUUAUAGUUUAAAAAUGAAUCCUUUUUUGUUCUUUGCAACUCAUUUGCUUUUUUCUUUUCUUUUCUUUUCUUUAAAUUACUAUUAACACCUGUUGAUUCUUUUUUUUUCUGAUUGGCCUGUCACUGCAUUCCUGCUCCCCCUCCCUCUAGCUGGGUUUGUCAAGUCGCCCAUGUCAGAAACUAAGCUCACGGGGGACGCCUUUGAGCUGUACUGUGACGUGGUCGGGAGCCCCACGCCAGAGAUCCAGUGGUGGUACGCAGAAGUCAACCGGGCAGAGUCUUUCAGACAGCUGUGGGACGGUGCUCGGAAGCGCCGUGUCACCGUAAACACCGCCUACGGGUCAAACGGCGUGAGUGUGCUGAGAAUAACCCGGCUCACCUUGGAGGACUCUGGGACUUACGAGUGCAGGGCCAGCAACGACCCCAAGAGGAAUGACUUGAGGCAAAACCCCUCCAUAACAUGGAUUCGAGCCCAGGCCACCAUAAGCGUCCUUCAGAAGCCAAGGAUUGUCACCAGUGAAGAGAUCGUUAUUCGAGAUAGUCUUCCUGCUCUCCCCGUCACCCUGCAGUGUAACCUCACCUCCAGCUCUCACACCCUUACAUACAGCUACUGGACAAAGAAUGGGGUGGAACUGACUGCCACUCGUAAGAAUGCCAGCAACAUGGAAUACAGGAUCAGUAAGCCGAGAGCUGAGGAUUCAGGCGAAUACCACUGUGUAUAUCACUUUGUCAGCGCUCCUAAAGCAAAUGCCACCAUCGAAGUGAAAGCUGCUCCUGACAUCACUGGCCAUAAACGGAGCGAGAACAAGAAUGAAGGGCAGGAUGCCACGAUGUACUGCAAGUCUGUUGGCUACCCUCACCCAGAGUGGAUAUGGCGCAAGAAGGAGAACGGUAUGCCCAUGGAGCUUGUCAAUACUUCUGGCCGCUUCUUCAUCAUCAACAAGGAAAAUUACACCGAGUUGAGCAUUAUGAACCUUCAGAUCACAGAAGACCCUGGCGAGUAUGAAUGUAAUGCUACCAACUCUAUUGGCUCCGUCUCCGUUGUCACCAUCCUCAGGGUACGGAGCCACCUGGCCCCACUCUGGCCUUUCUUGGGAAUUCUGGCUGAAAUUAUCAUCCUUGUGGUGAUCAUUGUUGUGUAUGAGAAGAGGAAGAGGCCAGAUGAGGUUCCUGAUGAUGAUGAACCAGCUGGGCCAAUGAAAACCAACUCUACCAACAAUCACAAAGAUAAAAACUUGCGCCAGAGAAACACAAAUUAAGUACUGCUCAUAAUAUCUUUAGGUUCCUGAAACUGGUGGCAACAUGACCUGCUAAAUUUUCUGCUUGGACCUCUUUGGUUCUCUCCCCUUUCAAGUGAGCAACACCACGAUGACUGUCUAAAGCAUGCCUUAUUUAGCCUCUCCUGUAAGGGUGACCUAGCCAGGUAUAUUUUAAACAAUGCUUCAAUGUAGAAGGUGUAAACUAUUUUGGGCUUGAUGUGCUGUGAAUGUUGCUUUUUUUUUUCCUUUGUUAAAAUAUUUAAAUAGAAGUGAAAAGGUCCUCUGAGGAUCAGAUCAUGCAUGCGCCAUUUUUUACUUAAUGCAGCUGUUAAAUUGGCAAAGCUCUAAAAUGCACUGCUGCCAUCUAGUGAUACAUUUUUGUAAAGUACAGCAAAACCUACAGAUAUAUACAGUAUAUAAAUAUAUAUAUAUAUAUUUAUAUUUUUGGGGAUGGGAGAAAUCCAAAAUAAAGUAAAUGCUCGUUUCAUUUUUAAGCUGCUGAUAUUCAUUCCUUAUUGUAUGUUGUCAGAUGAGGAAAUGUGUAGUUCUGGUACAUAAAGAUGAGUAAUAUAAACUGAAAUCUAUAAUUUUAAGGGCUUAACCUAUGACUUUAAUAUGAAGCUGGAACAGUCCACUGAAUGAGUAAAAUGAAUUGCAGUAUAUACAUGAUUGCUUUUUAAGUGAUUAUUUUUUUCUUUUGUUAAAUCGUGUAAAUUCUUAAAUCCUUUUGCACUGAUGUGUUGAACCUUAUUCUUGUACAUUCAAUCAAGGCAAACUUUUAUAAUUUUCCUUUUGUUUUCAAUGACCUUGAAAUGUUAUGGCAUGGUGAUAUUCUAUGCAACUAUAGUUACACUUUUUGGUUUGACACUGUAUUUUUUCACAUUGAUUUAAUGGUUGAUGGUAGAUUUUAUAACCUAACGGUUCUCAUGCGGUGCAUAACUGUAGAUGCAUGUACUUGUGUUUUGUGUAAUUGUUGAAGUGCAAUGAUGUAUAAAAAAAAGUGGAUUCACCUGUUUUUAAAAAUAAAACAUUGAUAAAAGGUG